AUGACACUGAUUACUGUUUUACUAUUAAUUAUAGUAUUUUAUAAUAAUUUGUAUGUAAUUAGUACUGAAAAUGAAACACCAAUUAGUUGGUCAUUAGAUAAGCUAAUCCCAAAAGAUUAUAACAAACAUAUUAUUCCUGUUAUUAACGGAUCGCUACAAACUAUAUCAGUUUCAAUUGAAAUUUUUGAUUUGGUCAGUGUUGUCGAGUCGGGACAGUAUAUUGUUGUGGACCUAAUGUUUCAUCAAAAAUGGAAAGAUAGUCGACUUAUAUUACCAGUGUAUAUGCAAAAGACAAACCAAAUUUUAUUGGACUACUCGUGGGCUUCAAAACUGUGGACACCCGACACUUACUUUAGUAAUGCUUUGGAGUCAAAAAUCAUAAAUGUUGUCAAUCCUAUUAUAUAUUAUACAAUAACAAAUGAUAACUAUAUAAUGCAAAGUAUCAAAAUGAAUGUUAAAUUUCAAUGUAAAAUGGAUUUAUCUCAAUAUCCUCAAGACAUCCAAUAUUGUUCAAUUGAUAUCAUGAGCUUAACAAGAAAUAACAGAAGUGUAUCACUUGAGUGGAACUUCUUUAAAAGCUUACCACUCGAUGACAAUCCAAAGUUUCGCUUAAGAGAGACAAACAUAGGACAGUGCGAGUGGAGCAACCAUUUGGGACACUUUGGCUGUUUGACAGUCAAAAUGAAAUUAGUCCGACGGGUCUCCUAUUAUAUGAUACGUAUAUAUGGGCCAACAUUUUUAACUACUAUUUCGUCAUUUGUUGGCUUUUGGAUACCAGUGAUGGCAUGGCCUGCAAGGGUGGCUCUAUUGGUUACCCCACUAUUAACCCUGGUAACUCAAAAUGUGAAUGUUAACAGUGAGAUAAAUGUGUCUUAUGUGGUGGCCCUGCACUGGUGGAUGACUGUCUGUAUAUUUUUUGUAUUUAUGAGUCUCAUAGAGUUUGCAGUGGCCAUAUCAUGGGUAUGGAUGAUCAAUGAUAAAAAAGCCCAGCGCACCACUCAGGGUUUUACAGAAGUGCCGAAAACCAAUACCUAUAGUAAAGACAAACGACUUUUAUAUCACUGCAGAAGAUUUGUCAGUAAUAUCUUGUAUUAUGCCUUCGGAAACAUUGAUUACAUGAAAGAUCCGUUGAGUAGAAAUAAAGUGGAUUAUGUAUCGAGACUACUGUUCCCCUUUGCUUUCAUUUUAUUUGUCAUAAUUUACAUACUGUCCACAGUCUGUCCCUGGGCUGUAGCCUAUAACUGGUAA